AUGGAUAAGGAAUGGACAAAGUUAAACCCAGCGAGUAUAGAGUACGAAAAUGAGGAUAAAAUUGAUGAUAUUGAUGGACUAUUGCAUGAAAGAUUUAGAGAGGUUGUACAAGCAGAAAAUGAAGUAAACGCAGGUCUCAACGAAGAUGCAAAAAAGUUCUAUAAUUUAGUCGAAGAAGCCAAACAAGAUUUGUACCCGGGUUGCAAAAACUUCUCUAAAUUGUCAUUCACCAUUCGUCUUUAUUUAUUGAAAUGUAUUUAUGGUUGGAGUAACGUAUCAUUCAAUGCUUUCUUAGAGUUGUUAAGAGAAGAUAUGCCUUCAUUGAACAUCCCUAAUACGUUCAACAAAACUAAAGGCAUGAUAAGGGAAUUAUGCUUGGAUUGUAAGAAGAUCGAUGCUUACUCUAAUGAUUGCAUGAUAUAUUGGAAAUCUCACGAGAAUGAUACUUCUUUCCAUGUUUGCGGUGCUCCACGGUGGAAUAAAGAUGUAAAUGGAAAUGAUAAAGUUGAAAAAAAUCAUAAGUCUUGUAAUGUUCCUUCGAAAGUUUUGAGGCACUUUCCCUUGAUUCCUAUACUUCAACGACUAUUUAUGUGUUCAAAGAUGGCUAGCUCAUCAUGGUGGCAUGAUGAAGAACGUUCAAAAGAUGGGAAGUUGAGGCAUCCUGCAGACGAAGAAGUCUGGACAUAA